AUGACAAGGCCGUCAUACCAGGCCACUGCUACUGCAAGUUUCGACGAACAUAGCCUCUUGGCCACCGUCAAUGUUGUUCGCUCUGUCGUUGCUGCUGCAAUUCAGCCUGGGCUGGCCAAGGUGGCUGACGAGUUUGGACGGCUCGAGCUGAUUUAUCUCUCAAUCAUCUUCUAUGUGACAGGUACCAUAGUUCAGGCAUGCUCCAAGAACGUGGCCACGUUCUGUGCCGGGGCCGUUCUCUACCAGAUUGGAUACACAUCAAUCUUCCUGAUGAUGACUAUUCUGGUAUCCGACAUAUCAUCCCUGCGAGACCGGAUGUUCUACUCGACCAUACCAAACAUGUCAUACAUAAUUGUUGUCUGGGUAAGCGGCUACAUAGUAUCAGGCAUCCUCGAUACUUCGACCUGGAGAUGGGGCUUGGGCAUGUGGGCUAUUAUCUUUCCCGUCUGUUCAGUGCCGAUCAUCACCAACUUGACAAUCCUGAGCCGUCGCGCCGACGCGGCCACACACCGCCGUGGCAUCGGGGGUUCGAGCAAGGACACAAGCACAAGCAUCAAAGACCGUGUCGUGACCCUGUUCUGGAAGCUGGAUGUGGUGGGGAUGUUCCUUCUUGCUGCGGUGCUCGCACUGAUCCUCACACCUUUGACACUUGCUGGGGGAAUCUCUUCCACUUGGAGGACAGCCCACAGCAUCGCGCCGCUGGUUGUUGGGGUCAUUUGCAUCCCUGUUUGGCUCCUCUGGGAGUCCAGGACUUCAUCUCCCAUGUAUCCCAUCGAGAUUUUGAAGAAUCGUGGAGUUUGGAGCGGCGUCGGUGUUGCCGUCAGUGUGAACAUGUCGAACUAUCUCCAAGCCGACUAUCUCUACACAGUCCUUGUGGUCUCGUUCGGCCAGUCCGUCGCGGUGGCUACUCGCGUCACCACAGUUUUCACCUUUGUCAUUGGCGUCUGUGUCAUCAUUGUCGGCCUGGUUGUGAUCAAGACUUGCCGCCUGAAACCCUUCAUCUUAGGUGGAUCUGUGCUCUAUCUCGUCGCCUUUGGGCUCUUGAUCAAGUACCGUGGCGGAGCACAAAGCUCACAGAUGAUUGGAAUGGUGGCUGCUCAAGUCUUGCUUGGAGUUUCCGGAGCAGGGACCUCUUACCCGGCCCAGACAGCAAUGCAGGCCGCUGCCAAGCACGAAACACUCGCAACCAUGACAGCACUCUACGCCACUUGCUUCUACAUCGGCGGCGCCAUCGGGCAAUGCAUAUCUGGUGCCCUCUGGACACACGUCCUGCCGGGUGACCUAGUCACCAAGUUGGGCAAUUCGACGGCGGCGUCGAGAGUCUAUAUGGAUCCGUUUUCUUUCGUCGCUGAGUACGCCAUGGGUACACCGGAGCGGGAUGCUGUCGUGGACGCAUACAGGCACAUCCAACUCCUGCUGUGCAUCACUGGGCUGUGUCUUGCAACUCUGGUCUGCGUAUUCGGGUUGUUUGUUAGGAACCAGAAGCUAUCUGGUUCCGAAUACUAG